AUGCGAUUCAACGAGAACUUGCUACAGGAUUUAUUGGCGGAGCUUGCAUUAAAUCGUAAAAAUGUCAUUGUAGUGACGUCCCGAAAUACGCUUCUACAAUAUCGGACUAACGAUUUAACACUGGAGAAAUCGAUCCAAUGUGACUAUCAGGCAACAUCGAUUUGUUCCUUGAUUCUUAACGAUAGUAAUGCUCUGAAAGUUUUUUUUGGUAGCGUUUUGGGUGAUUUGAUUCAAUGGGACGUUACAAAAACAGGAAAAGAGAGCGUGAAGAUGUUCUAUGGUCACAAAGGCAUGAUUUUUGCUAUUGCCAGCGAUCGUUCGAAGAUUUUCACAACCUCUGAUGACAGAACUCUUCGCAUGUGGUCUACGGAUAAUAUGGAAAAUGGCCCGAUUUGUUCGGCUUUUGGCCAUACAGCUCGUCCGUUUGCGAUUUAUGUAGAUUCGAAACACUACAAAAUUUUUACGGGUGGAAUUGAGCAGGCGAUUUUUGUGUGGAGCUAUACGAACAGUGAAUUAUAUCUUAAUAGGAAGAUUUUCCUAUCUAUUGGUGUUUUUAGGAAAAUCACGCCAAUUGAUGAAAACUUUUUGGCUAUUGGAUCCCGAGGAGGCAAUUUGAUGAUUGUGAAUGUUGGUGAUGCAAGUGGAGCUGAAGAAUUAAUUCCGGAUGAAAUUAGAAAUUUUGGAUUUUUGGAUGAGAAGUUGGUUAUCUUAAAUGAAAAGAACGUUCCCAAAAUUUCCACAAUACCUGCAGUGUUCACCGUUAUCCGUAUUUCACAAAGUAUUGAAGUUUUGGUGUUAGGUUCCUCACAUGGAGAACUUCUUUAUGUCAAUCUGACAAAUCCGGAUGUCCAUGUCGCGAAAUACUGUCUUAAAGUAAUCGACUUACACGAAGAUUCGUUUUGGCUUCGUAGUUUACAAAAGCCAGAUGAAGGAAGAGUAGUUUGUGUAAAAAUUUCUCAAAUUGAGGAUGAAAUCGUAUUUUUCGUUUCAUACUCAUCAGCCAUCAUUGAAAUUUUCAAAAUGGAAGACAACGAAUUGAAAUCUGCAGGGAGAAUUGAUCUUCCUCAAGAACUGGGAAUUGGAGCAAAAGUAAAAUAA